AUGGUUGCUAAAGUUCUUUUCGCUCAAAUGAAGGCCGUCGCAGGUCAACAAGAAUUCGUUGCCCAAGCUCUAACCAAGAUGGCUGAAAACGUCAGAAAGGAACCAGGUAACGUUCGUUUCGAAGUUUACACUUUGCCAGAUGGUACUUUCCACGUUGAAGAAACCUACAAGGACGAAGCUGCUUUCCAAGCUCACAUGGGUACUCAACACGGUAAGGAAUUCAACGCUAGCAUCGUCGACAAGGUCGAAGGUGGUGGUUCUACCGUUGUCUUCAUGACCCCAGUCUCUACUACUCAAGCUUAA